AUGCCAAGGGGAAGAGCUAGUGCUGCCGCCACAAAGCCAGCUGAACCCGUCAAGCCCGUUGAGACUGAAGAGCAGGUGGAUCUGGACGAAGAGAACGAUCCCGAGGAGGAGUACGAGGAAGAUGUCGAAUACGAAGAAAUAGAGGAGGAGGUAGAGGAAGAAGUGGAGGAGGAAGAAGUAGAAGAGGAAGAACAGGAGGAUGCUGAAGAGGAAAAAGAAGAAGCCGCCGUUGCACUCACCGGUGGGGACGACGAGAUGAAAGAUGACGAGGAAGAGGAGGAGAAUGAGCAAGCAGAGGAGAACGUAGAAGAGGAAGUGAGUGAAGAGCACAAGGAGCUUCUUGCUCUCCCUCCGCACGGCUCCGAGGUUUACGUAGGCAACAUCCCCCAGGACGUCUCCCAUGACGAUUUGAAGUGCUUUUGUGAGGCCAUUGGCGAAGUCUUUGAGGUAGGCAUUCUCCCUCAUCUCUUCACUCUGUGUCUCUUCCUUGCUCUCCAGACAUAAAUAUAUAUAUAUAUAUAUAUAUAUAUAUACUUACAUUAUUAUCCCUUGUAAAUAACAGGUGAGAAUAAUGAAAGGGAAGGAUUCGGCAGAGAACAGGGGUUAUGCGUUCAUCACUUACAGGAACAAAGAAUUAGCCUCUAAGGCCAUCAAAGACCUCAACGGCACCGAAUUCAAGGCAAGCACCUCCUCCUUGCUGUUUUCACCUUACUCACACACACUACUUGCCACUGAGAUCUCCUCUGAUCAUGACAUGGCCUGGUUCAGGGGAAGAAGGUGAAGGUGUCGGCGUCCCAGGUAAAGCAUCGGCUUUUCAUCGGGAAUGUGCCUCGGCACUGGUCAGACGACGAUCUGAAGAGGGAGGUGAGGAAGGUUGGCCCUGGGGUCUCCCUCGUGGAGCUGAAGAAGGUACGAGGAUACUACAUAUGCGUCAGCCCUGCUCAUAUAUAUAUAUAUAUAUAUCCUCGUAUAGAAAUCAAAUAAUAGAUGUUUAUGCUCACAAUUAUAUUAUUAUGCGUGAUCUUGGUCCAAGGUUGGACCUUUCCUGUUCGGAAUCUGAUCGUUUUUUUUUUCUCUGAUUAUUGUGCGUUAAUAGGACCCACAGAAUGCGAGCCGCAACCGGGGCUUCGCCUUCAUCGAGUACUACAACAAUGCGUGUGCGGAGUACUCGAGGAGGAAGAUGUCGACUCCGAAGUUCAAGCUGGAGAGCAACGCUCCGACGGUGAGCUGGGCCGACCCGAAGAACAGCGACUCCUCGUCCUCCUCCAACUCCCAGGUGAAGGCGCUGUACAUCAAGAACCUCCCGAAGAACGUGACCCAGGACCAGGUGAAGGAGCUGUUCAAACACCACGGGGAGAUCAGCAAGGUCGUCCUGCCCCCGGCCAAGUCCGGCCAGGAGAACAGCCGAUUCGGGUUCGUUCACUUUGCAGAGCGAUCCAUGGCCAUGAAGGCCCUCAAGAACACCGAAAAAUACGAACUUGAAGGUUUUACUCUCUCUCUCUCUCUCUCUCUACUUUCUCUCUCUACUUUUUGUGCGACCCAAAUUGGUCUGAAUUCUUAUCUUUUGGCAGGGCAAGUUCUGGAUUGCUCACUGGCGAAGCCACCAGCGGACAGCAAGAAGGGCGAUUCGGGCUCGAGCAUCUCACAGAAGGCUCCUCUCCUGCCGGCCUAUCCCCCUCGCGCCGGUUACGGCCUGGUCAACCCCUACGGCUCUCUCCCUGCUGCUUACGGCGCAGGAGGAGGAGGGUACGCCCAGGUUGGGGUUCCAGAGAUUAGACGAUUUUUCUUUUUAUAUAGAUUGAUUGAUCUUUCCUAUAGUUUUGGCCUCCGAACCAUAUUUAUGUGAGUGGACGUGUUCUUUUUGCAGCCGUUGAUGUAUGGGAGGGAGGCUGCUGCCCCUGCGGGUCUGGCUAUGGUCCCCAUGAUGUUGCCCGACGGACGCGUGGCUUACGUCCUGUAAGUCAACCCUUUUGACCUUUCUCUCGAGACCCGGAUGCACCGUUGACUGGGCGCAUCUGAGAAAUCUGCAUGGCGGCGCAGGCAACAGGGCGGCCCGGCGGCGGCGCCUCCCGGUCCCCUGCUGCACCAGCAGCGCGGCGGCGGCGGCGGCGGCGACAAGAAGGGCGGCGGCGGCGGCAACCCCAACAGAGGCCGCCCAGGAGGCGGCGGCGGCGGCGGCGGCGGCGGCGGCGAUAGGCCCGGUCAGAGGUACCGCCCAUACUGA